AUGUGGUUUGAAGUGCUCGCCUGCAUUCUUGUGCCUUAUUACAACGGCGACCUGGUUCAGCAACCUAGACAGUGGCAUAAGAUCAGUGAUCUACUGAAACAGAGAAGCAAAAUGAGCUUGACAUGGAACGAUACAUACACGAUUCUGUAUCGUGUCGGCACCAAUGACAAAGAGCUUUUCGAAAGUAAGAAUGCGGCGCUAAUGUUGCAGUGGAAUCCGGAACAGUUUUUUUUCAACAAAAAGGAAAUUAUUCCAUAUGUCGAUAAGCAUUGGAAAAGUAUAUGCACCGAGCGAGCACGUACACCAACUUGGUGGGCAACCCUUGGUAGCUGUCUUUAUUCAUCCAAAGAAACGUUCACGGCCCGAGACGAGCGACAGCGAUCAGCUGCAUCUGAUUUUUGUCUCGCUGAUGCCAAUUUAUGGCAUUUCCGACCUAGUACAACACAGGCUAGUGGUAAAGCGCCUGUAUCAACUCCUCGAGUAUCCAAAGAGAAACGAAAAUCUGAUGGCGAUCCGGUCACACCUGCUCGAGCUGCACCGCGCACGGACAUCCGACGACGCAACACAUUGGCAUCCGCAUUCCCCAGCUCCUCUUCAACAAUUACCGAUCAUCCUUUCAAUCGCUUCGGCUUCAAAUAUAUCCCGUGCAGAGCCUCUGUGCUCCCACAUGUGGCUUACCAACAAACUGACAAUGACGAUCAAGGGUGUUGUAUCAGUAUUACAGACAAGAGUCCUUACGUCUCAGUUGCCAAGGAUGGAUUGACGGUCGCUACGGAAAAGGGCUUUCGGAUGUGCCGUGCCAAUGUCGGGGUCAAGGAAGGAAACUGGUAUUGGGAGGCGGUUGUACAGAACGCACAAGGAAGCAAAAACGCGGAUGGUCCUCAUGUCCGCAUUGGUUGGGUUAGACGUGAAGCUUGUCUGAAUGCGCCAGUGGGAUACGAUGCGUAUGGAUAUGGAUACCGCGACCGAACCGGUGAAAAAAUGUUUUGUUCACGCGCACAAAAGUUUGGUGAAUCGUUUGAAACAGGCGAUGUCAUUGGCCUCUAUAUCCGAUUACCGCACAAACAAAACACGGCAUUCAAAAGCCCUGCACGGAAGCGAAUUCCUAUUGUUUUCAAGGAGCAUUUGUGGUUUGAAGAGAAGGAUUUCCGUGCGAGCAAAGAGAUGGAAGCUCUUGCAGAUCCGUACAACAAACCUUCCGAUCUCGACUAUCAACCGAAAAUUAUACCAGGAUCCUCUAUCGUUGUAUUCAAAAACGGUGUGUGCCAAGGCGAAAUGUUUACAGAUCUGUUUGAUUAUGAAGACUUUGGGCGAUUACCAGAAACUGUGACAGCUCGGCGGACGAAAAAGCGGAAGAAACAAAAGAAAGGUGAAGAUACACCUCGAUUGCGAACAGAAAACGAAGAAGAGUUUGAAAGUGGGGUCCGACAUCAGCAGUGGUCUCAAGACCCACCCAUAGACGAUGACGGCACGCUCGGCUACUAUCCUGCUGUGAGCGUCUACAAGGGUGGCAUGGUAACUUGCAAUUUCGGCCCUAAUUUUCAAUAUCCACCGAAGCUGGACGAAGAGUGGAAGCCGAUGAGCCAGCGAUAUGACGAGUAUAUGGCUGAAGAAUCCAUGUGGGAUUUGCUGGAUGAAGUAUCCAAAUCAUUGCGGAAAGCCAAUAUAUUGUAA